GUAGUGCGCCUUUUUGCAUGGCCGCCGUAUGCGUGCAUACCGAAAUAUUGUUUCGAGUGUCACGCAGCAUUUUCCGCCCGCAUCGGAGUCCACGCCGUCGUCGACGGGAAGAACGGGAGCGAGGAAGCCGAGGCGAGGCGAUUAAGUGAGUGUAAAAAAUUAUUAAAAUAGUGUGUUUCUUGUUGGAUUCUCUUACUCAUCAGUUUGCCAUCAGGGGAGGCAAAUACUCCAUCUAAGGAUCACGGGUUGGUCCUAAAGAAGUUGACGGAGUCUAAAGAUUUAAUAUUGGGCUCUUAGACGCUUAAGUGACUAAUAACUUUGUCUGGCGCCCAGAGAGUGAAUCAAGAAGUAUCUCUAACCACGCGACUCACCACGCGCAAUCAUGUCCAACGAAGAAACUUCCGCUGAUCGGAAUGUCGAGAUUUGGAAGAUCAAAAAACUCAUCAAGAGUUUGGAAAUGGCUCGAGGGAAUGGUACAAGCAUGAUCUCACUAAUUAUUCCACCCAAAGAUCAAAUAUCUAGAGUCAGCAAAAUGUUAGCUGAUGAAUUUGGUACAGCUUCUAAUAUAAAAUCACGUGUAAAUAGGUUAUCGGUACUUGGUGCGAUUACAUCUGUACAGCAUCGACUGAAAUUAUAUACCAAAGUACCUCCCAAUGGGCUGGUAAUAUAUUGUGGGACUAUCGUUACUGAAGAAGGAAAAGAAAAAAAGGUUAACAUCGACUUUGAACCAUUUAAGCCUAUUAAUACAUCUUUAUACCUUUGUGACAAUAAGUUCCACACUGAAGCUUUGACCGCUUUGCUAGCUGAUGACAACAAAUUCGGUUUCAUUGUCAUGGAUGGUAACGGUGCACUAUUUGGUACUCUCCAAGGAAAUACGCGCGAAGUUCUCCAUAAAUUUACUGUCGAUUUGCCCAAAAAGCACGGUAGAGGAGGUCAAUCUGCGUUACGUUUUGCUCGAUUGCGUAUGGAAAAACGACACAACUACGUUCGAAAAGUAGCUGAGGUUGCGACUCAAUUGUACAUUACCAACGAUAAACCAAACAUCGCAGGACUUAUUUUAGCUGGUAGUGCAGACUUUAAAACGGAGCUGAGUCAGUCCGAUAUGUUCGAUCCGAGAUUACAAGCAAAAGUAAUCAAACUAGUGGAUGUAUCUUAUGGUGGUGAAAACGGUUUCAAUCAGGCAAUCGAACUAGCAGCAGAAUCGCUACAAAAUGUUAAGUUUAUUCAGGAGAAAAAGCUUAUCGGUCGUUACUUUGAUGAAAUAUCACAAGAUACGGGGAAAUACUGUUUUGGAGUGGAAGAUACGUUGAGAGCACUUGAGUUGGGAAGUGUGGAGACUCUUAUCUGUUGGGAGAACCUUGAUAUCCAACGAUACGUGCUAAAAAAUCAUACAAAUGGAGAGGAAAAGGUGCUACAUCUUACGCCUGAACAAGAAAAGGAUAAGACUCAUUUUACUGAUAAAGAAAGUGGAGUAGAGUUAGAAUUAAUUGAAUGCCAACCACUUCUUGAGUGGCUUGCGAACAACUACAAAAGCUUUGGUGCCACGUUAGAAAUAAUCACAGAUAAAUCUCAAGAAGGAUCACAAUUUGUCAGAGGUUUUGGUGGAAUCGGAGGAAUCCUCCGCUACAAAGUUGAUUUCCAGUCACUGCAGGCUGAUGAGCCUCUCGAUGAUGUUGACCUCGAUGAUUACUAAAUUCAUCCGUGAAAAUCUGAAUAUCGAAUCCAGGUAUUUUACGAUACAAAGUCGACUUUCAAAGUAUGCAGUUGGAAGAUGUUGAGAUGGAUAACUUUGAUUUGGAUGAUUACUGAAAAAUUACAAUGAAAAAUCAGUGAACUCUCUCAGUCCUCAUUACUUCAAGAGUUAUAUAACAGAGAAAAUAAAACACGGAGUUAAGUAAUUUAAUUUAAAUAAAAUAAAAAUUAAAUAAUAAAAUGAAAUGACAAUGACAGCGCGAUUAUCUGGUGCAGUAUUUUUUUGGUAAUCAAGAUUUCGCGCACAUUUCUAUCUCUUUGAUCAUGUCAUCAUGUUCAAUCAUGAUAUUAGAUAUCAGUGAAGUUAAAACAGUUAAAUGAAUACUUUAAAUAUAAACAAAAUUAACAGAAAAAAAACAACUUUUUGA